ACGUCGGAUGCUGGCCAUGUCUGGAGGCAUUGAGGAGCUGGGCAGUGUGAGAUGGGAUCUGGCCUUGUGUCUUCUGGUCAGCUGGGUGUUCUGCUACUUCAGCACCUGGAAAGGUAUCAGAGCCUCUGGAAAGGUAGCAUAUUUCACAGCCGCAUUUCCCUAUAUGAUGAUCCUGAUACUGCUCAUCAGGGGAUUGACUCUACCUGGAGCUUGGCAAGGGGUUUACUACUACCUGUAUCCAGAUUUGAAACACCUGGCUAAGCUGAAGGUCUGGAUAGAGGCAGGAUCUCAAAUAUUUUUCUCCUACGGCCUGAUUCCCGGGACUCUGAAUGUUCUGGGCAGCUACAACGACUACAACAAUAACUGUUACAAGUAUGGACUGCUUUUGACUCUGCUGAACAAUGGGACCAGUUUUGUUGCUGGAUUUGCUGUCUUCUCCGUACUUGGGUUUAUGGCUCAGAAACAGGGUGUUACUGUCGACACCGUAGUUCAAUCAGGUGCCUUUCUGAUUCCAUAUUGUCUGUUUGCUGUGGUUUGUGGGAUACCUCUGUUCCUACUGGAGACUGCAAGUGGUCAGUACACCCAGGAAGGAUUCAUCACCUGCUGGAGGAAAUUGUGUCCACUGGCACAAGGAAUUGGAUAUGGAUAUUUCAUGAUGAAACUUUAUGACUUUAGCUACAUUAUAAUCCAGGUCUGGGCCCUCUUCUAUCUGGUGUUCUCGUUCAGAUCCCAGCUCCCCUGGGCCAGCUGUGACAACACCUGGAAUACAGCUAACUGUCUUGGUCUUCAGAGUUUAAACUCAUCAGAUCUGACUAAAAAUCAGACCAUCACCACUUCUGCUGCAACUGAGUUCUGGGAGUAAGUUUAAGUAAUAU